GGUUUGAGUAUGUAGUUCCUGAGGAAUUCAGAGUGCGUCUCUUCCGGCUCCCAUCUCUCCCACUUUGUUGGUGCGGUUUGGGUAAUAUUUUCCGGACAAGGGAUUCAAUUUGAAGGUUUCGGUAUCAGGAAUCGCGCUUUUUUUUUCGUGGGAACGUGAAAGAACACGGCUAUCGGCUUGGUAUCACUCCGCUUGGGAGCAGGAGGAGGAGAGAAGCCGCGGCGGGUUUACACGCAGCAUGGAGGGGUCGGAGCGGAGAAGCCGGGGCUGGCUUACGGGGGAGCAUUGAGCCCCUAGCGCAGUGCGGAAUGUCCGGGCCCCGCCGGUAACACACAGACAUGGGGGCCCUGCUGAGGAGCCUGCUCAUCUGCAGCCUGAGCUGCUUACUGAGGGCAUCUCCGUUACUGCUCUAUGCCAAUCGCCGUGACCUGCGACUGGUGGACGCUGCCGGAAUGAAGGGGAACUCCACUGUUGUGGUCAGCGGCUUGGAAGAUGCAGCCGCUGUUGACUUUGUCUUUUUCCGCGGCCUGAUAUACUGGAGCGACGUGAGCGAAGAAGCAAUCAAAAGGAUUGAUUUUAACAAAACUGGUAGCUCGCACGACGUUGUGAUAAGCGGUUUACUUUCGCCAGACGGACUGGCUUGCGAUUGGCUCGGAGAAAAACUUUACUGGACCGACUCGGAAACAAAUCGGAUUGAGGUUUCCAAUCUGGAUGGGUCGCUGCGGAAAGUGUUAUUUUGGCAGGAGCUGGAUCAGCCUCGAGCAAUUGCACUUGAUCCUACCCGAGGGUAUAUGUACUGGACAGACUGGGGAGACGUGCCAAAGAUCGAGCGAGCCGGAAUGGAUGGCUCUUUGCGUUCUGUCAUAAUAGAUUCCGACAUUUACUGGCCGAACGGGCUGACGCUGGACUAUGAUGAACAGAAACUAUACUGGGCAGACGCCAAGCUGAGCUUUAUCCACAAGGCCAACCUGGAUGGAUCCCAUCGGCAAACGGUUAUUAAAGGUUCUCUUGCUCAUCCCUUCGCCCUGACUCUAUUUGGGGACACCAUCUACUGGACAGACUGGACCACCCGCUCCAUCCUGGCCUGUAACAAGUACACUGGAGAGGACCGGCGAGAGGUGGAUUCGGACAUUUUCUCCCCCAUGGACAUCCAUGUUUUUAGCCGUCUGAGACAGCCAAACGCCACAAAUCCCUGCGCAGUACACAACGGGGGUUGCUCUCAUUUAUGCCUAAUGUCUCCCAUGGAGCCGUUUUAUCAGUGCGCUUGUCCCACAGGUGUGCGCCUCAUGGAGGACGGGAAGAUGUGCAUGCAUGGUGCUACAGAGUUGCUGCUGCUUGUCCGCAGGACGGACCUCAGGCGAAUAUCGCUGGACACUCCGGACUUCACAGAUAUUGUUUUGCCACUGGACGAUAUUCGCCACGCUAUUGCCAUUGACUAUGAUCCUGUAGAAGGGUACAUUUACUGGACGGACGACGAGGUGAGAGCCAUACGCCGCACACAGAUCGAUGGCUCUUCCAGUCAAUACAUUGUCACCUCCCAAGUGGCCCAUCCGGAUGGUAUCGCUGUUGAUUGGGUGGCUCGGAACUUGUACUGGACCGACACGGGGACGGACCGCAUUGAAGUCACUCGGCUGAAUGGGACUAUGCGCAAGAUCCUCAUAUCCGAGGACCUGGAUGAACCACGAGCCAUAGUGCUAGAUCCUAUGAAUGGGUACAUGUAUUGGACUGAUUGGGGAGAAAUCCCUAAAAUUGAGCGUGCUGCAAUGGAUGGCUCAGACAGGAUUAUAUUAGUGAACACCUCACUUGGUUGGCCCAAUGGUCUGGCACUGGAUUAUGCAGAAGGGAAAAUCUACUGGGGAGAUGCCAAGACCGAUAAGAUAGAGGUUAUGACAACAGAUGGCACAGGCAGGCGAGUUCUGGUGGAAGACAAGCUGCCCCAUAUUUUCGGCUUCACACUUCUGGGCGAUUAUGUGUAUUGGACUGACUGGCAGAGACGCAGCAUUGAAAGGGUUCACAAGCGUACAGGAGAGCGCGAGGUCAUUAUAGACCAGCUGCCUGAUCUCAUGGGGCUGAAAGCCACCAACAUACAUAAAAUGUCUGGUACAAAUGGCUGUGCUGAAAACAAUGGCGGCUGCAGUCACCUUUGCCUGUUCCGGCCGCAAGGACCUCGCUGUGCCUGCCCUAUCGGCUUGGAACUGAUCAGUGACAUGAAAACCUGCAUCGUCCCCGAAGCUUUUCUCCUGUUCUCCCGCAGAGCUGACAUUCGCCGUAUAUCCCUGGAGACUAGUAAUAGCCAUGUAGCCAUACCCCUGACUGGAGUGAAAGAAGCCUCGGCUCUCGAUUUUGACGUCACGGACAAUAGAAUCUAUUGGACAGACGUCAGUCUAAAGACAAUCAGUAGAGCGUUCAUGAAUGGCAGUGCCCUUGAACAUGUGGUACAGUUCGGCCUGGAUUAUCCAGAAGGAAUGGCAGUGGAUUGGUUGGGGAAAAAUCUAUACUGGGCGGAUACUGGUACUAACCGUAUUGAGGUAUCGAAGUUGGAUGGACAGCACAGACAGAUCCUAGUUUGGAAAGACCUCGACAGCCCAAGGGCUCUUGCAUUGGAUCCAGCAGAAGGGUUUAUGUACUGGACUGAGUGGGGUGGAAAACCAAAGAUUGACAGGACCGCCAUGGAUGGAAGUGGGCGCAUCACUCUGGUGCCGGAUGUCGGCCGGGCCAACGGGCUGACAAUUGACUAUGCGGAGAGGCGGCUUUACUGGACGGAUCUGGAUACUAAUCUUAUUGAAUCUUCAAAUAUGCUGGGGUUGGACCGGGUAGUGAUUGCCGACGACUUGCCCCACCCCUUUGGGUUAACCCAGUACCAGGACUAUAUCUACUGGACAGACUGGAGCCAACGGAGUAUUGAGAGAGCCAACAAGACCAGCGGGCAGAAUCGGACCAUGAUCCAGAAUGACCUGGACUACGUCAUGGACAUCCUAGUAUUUCACUCUUCCCGGCAGGCCGGUUGGAACGAGUGUGCCUCCAGCAAUGGUCACUGUUCUCAUCUAUGCUUGGCCACACCUGUCAGCGGCUAUACCUGUGGGUGCCCGGUACACCACUCGUUGAAUGCGGACAACAAAACCUGCAGUCCUCCAAGUUCCUUCCUGCUCUUCAGUCAGAAAAAUGCCAUAAACCGCAUGGUGAUCGAUGAGCAGCAGAGUCCCGACAUCAUCCUGCCCAUUCACAACCUACGCAACGUCCGAGCCAUCGACUACGACCCUUUGGAGAAGCAGCUCUACUGGAUUGACUCGCGGCAGAAUAUACGCCGGGCUCAGGAAGAUGGCAGCCAGAGCAUGACCGUAGUGGCAAGCACCGUCCCCAACCAGAAUAUAGACAUGCAGCCGUACGAUUUGAGCAUCGAUGUCUACAGUCGCCUGAUUUACUGGACCUGCGAAGCCACCAAUGUCAUCAACGUCACGCGGCUGGACGGGAGAGCCAUCGGGGUGGUUCUAAAGGGAGAACAAGACCGUCCCAGAGCUAUCCUUGUGAAUCCAGAGAGAGGGUACAUGUAUUUCACCAACCUCCAGGAGCGAUCGCCAAAAAUCGAAAGAGCUGCUCUUGAUGGGACAGAGCGAGAGGUGCUGUUUUUCACCGGCCUGAGCAAACCAGUGGCGCUUGCGCUCGACAACAAAAUGGGGAAACUUUUCUGGGCCGACUCUGACUUGAGGAGGAUCGAAAGCAGUGACCUAUCCGGUGGCCAUCGCAUAGUUCUAGAAGAUUCUAACGUGCUGCAGCCAGUCGGACUCACUGUUUUUGGCAAUCACCUGUAUUGGAUUGACCGGCAACAACAAAUGAUUGAGCGCAUUGAGAAAACCGGACGCGUGGGUCGCACCAAGAUCCAAGCUCGUAUCCCUCUGCUGACUGAUAUCCAUGCUGUGACAGAACUGAGCAUGGACGAAUACAAGGAACACCCUUGUUCCCAGGAUAACGGGGGCUGCUCCCACAUCUGCAUAGUGAAAGGAGAUGGAACCACCCGCUGUUCUUGCCCGAUGCACCUUGUCCUUCUGCAGGAAGAUGAGUUGUCCUGUGGGGAGCCUCCUACCUGCUCUCCCCUGCAGUUCACCUGUUUCACCGGCGAGGUUGAUUGCAUCCCGGCGGAAUGGCGCUGCGACGGCUUUACAGAAUGCGAGGAUCACAGCGACGAGCAGAACUGCCCCAUGUGCUCGGACACGCAGUACCAGUGCGCCAGCGGCCAGUGCAUUGACUCCUCUCUGCGCUGUAACGGAGAAGCCAACUGUCAGGACAAGUCUGAUGAGAAAAACUGCAAUGAAGUCUGUGCUCCAGACCAGUUCCACUGUGGCAGCGGACAGUGCAUCGGGAAGCACAGGCGUUGUGACCUCAGCCCGGACUGCAGUGACAGCUCAGACGAGCAAGCUUGCUAUCCCACAGAGGAACCACCUCCUCCAUCGACCAACACCAUCGGCUCCAUCAUCGGCGUGAUCCUCACCGUAUUCGUAGUAGGGGGAGUGUAUUUUAUCUGUCAGCGAGUGCUGUGUCGUCGCAUGAAAGGAGACGGGGAGACCAUGGCCAACGAUUAUGUGGUGCAUGGACCCGCCUCCGUCCCCUUAGCAUACGUGCCACAUCCGAGCUCCCUGACUGGAUCCUUGCCUGGGAUGUCUCGUGGGAAAUCUGUUAUCAGCUCUCUCAGCAUUAUGGCUGGAAGCAGCGGGCCACCGUAUGACCGGGCUCAUGUGACCGGAGCCUCAUCCAGCAGCUCCUCCAGCACUAAAGGAACCUAUUUCCCACCGAUCUUGAACCCACCUCCCUCCCCAGCCACGGAGCGUUCCCAUUACACAAUGGAAUUUGGUUACUCCUCAAACAGUCCUUCCACCCACAGAUCAUACAGCUACAGACCCUACAGCUACCGGCAUUUUGCCCCUCCUACAACUCCCUGCAGCACCGACGUGUGCGACAGCGACUACACCCCCAGCCACCGGAUCACCUCCGCCGCGGCGAAGGGCUACACCAGCGAUCUCAACUACGACUCGGAACCGGUGCCUCCGCCUCCAACCCCCCGCAGCCAGUACCUUUCAGCCGAGGAGAACUACGAAAGCUGCCCGCCCUCUCCCUACACGGAACGAAGCUACUCUCACCACCUUUACCCCCCUCCUCCGUCACCUUGUACAGACUCUUCCUGAGACCCCCCCACUCUGUAAAUACUGUAUGAAGAGAGAGUACUUUCCCAAUCUAACCCCCCGGCCCCCGUUGUGUAUAGUUUCCAGAACCAUGAACCCCUCCAGAGGAGGGCAGAAGGGUCUCCGACAAUGGACGUUUGUACAGAGACGAUAAAAAAAAAAACAACAAAUAUUUAUAUUUUCUUAACCCUUUUUACACCUCUUCAUACUUGUGCCAUAAAUGUAACGCUUAUAUUUCCAUCCUUCCCCGGAAAGGGCAAUCCCCUUGCCUUUUUGUGUGGAAGAAAUCCCAUGACCACUGAAACAGUAAUUUGUACAAAUAUAUAUAUAUAUAUAUAUAUCUCUAUAUAAAUAUCUAUUUUUGCAAAUGGAAUACACAAAAUGCCUUAAAUAGACGGAUAGGAUAGGAAGAGGUCUUUAAUACCAAAAAAAAAAAAAAAUGCACGUGAGCACAGACCAGCGGAUUUUAGAGAAUGGUUCUUAAUUGUUUUUAUUUUUUUUUUAACCCUUUCUUUCCUCCAUUCGACUGGUGCCAAGCUUAGGCGCAGAGCAAGCCUGCCCCCUCUUGGCGGUUAUGGGGAUAACAUGGAAUCUCUGCUACAUGAAAGCCCAGUAGCUUCACUGGUCCCUUAUCCCACCAUAUUAAAUUACAUUUUACUCCAGCUGCCCCUUAAAAGCCUGUAUGCCUGCCCUGUAUCCAGGUAUCAAUAUACCUGGAUACAGGGCAGACAUACAGGCUUGUACUGUGGCUAUAUGGGAGUGCAUCAAGCUGACUUGGGCUUGUAUAAUUGAUUGAGUGGCAACAAUAAUUGUUUAAUUUGUGUAUUUUAUUUUAUGAUUUUAUCUUUGACUUGAGGGCCAAAGAAGGUUGCUAGAAAGAUUUUUUAGCAGCCAGCCGUUUGAUUCUUCCCCCCCCGACCACGUAACCACUACAGUGUAGCCGUACCACUACCACAAAGCGCUACCGAUACCACUAAACCGCCCCAAGGGGGCGCUACUGGGAAGACAAUAGAGGUGAUCGUGUCUUCAUUAUCAGUUCAUCACCAAAGUAGUUUUUUUUUAUUUUAUUUAACCUUCCUACUGCUAGAUGCGGGCUAGCGGCCUCUGGCAGCAGAAGGGUUAAGUCUGUUUUUAUCUUUGUUUUAUACUGUAUUGUAUUUAUAAAACGUAAUUGUAACUUGUGGGGUAUUUUUUUUUUUUUUUUUUUAACUUCCAUUUUUGUUUAUGGAGAAUAUAUCCUUGCAGUACUUUGACGUAAUUAACUACCACUAUACAGGGUUCAUGCACUUUCUGUGCUGUUUUCUAGUAGCAGGGGCACUUGUUGUGCGACUGCAGCUCCCUGCGUGCCGUCGAAGGUCUGCCCUGGGGGGGCGGCGGGGUGCUUGAAGUUGCCCCUGGGCUUCAUACCAUUCCUUAAAGACACAUAAUGGCUCAGAAAGAAGUAAGCAUGUGUCCUCUUUAAUUUAAAGUGAUAGCGACACCAUUUAUUAGCAAUGUAUCCUCUCACUAGUGUCUUAGUACUUGGGUUCUAGCCUGGGGGGGUCGGCAUUUAGCCCACCCCCCCAAGCACGACUUCAUGUAGUGAGACAUAGGGGGGUAGCCGACGCAGGUCCAUAAAGGGGUGCAACUGGAUGGUUUAUUAAAGGGAUAGUGGCCCAUUUCUACUGUGGAAACGGCUCAUAAUCCCUUUAAAGGUGAGAACUGUAUUAGUUUAGUACAAGGACUGUUCAUAGGGGCCAUUUUAGUUCCAUAGGCAGUUUAAACACCAAUCAUUCAGCUAUUGGACAGAGGGGUUUUUAUGUUGAUGUGCCCCUUUAAUUGGAUAGUUUUUUAAUUUUAUAAAAUGUCCCGGUCUAAGCAACUUUUCAGUUCUUCAUUUUUUUAAAUGGAUUGCAUUCCUUAUUCCAGGUUUCAAAUGGGGGGGUCACUGGCCCCCGGCAGCCAAAAAGCUAUUUCUCCGAGAGGCCCCACAGUCUUAUCGUUAUUAUUUUUCAUUCCUUAUGUUCUCUCCUAUUCACUGCCUGGUUGCUAAGGGUAAACAACACCCUAGCAACCAGAGAGCUGCUUGAACCUAAAGUGAAAUAAUUGCACAUUAUCGCAGUCUACGUCAUACGAGGGGUUAAUUUUAAGGUGAACUAACCACAUUGCUUAGAAUUUGACUUUCACGGUUGUUUUAAACGGAACCAUUUCCCACAUGCCCCCUUGAUUGAGGAGGAGCCAUGGGGUGGGAGGAGCUAAAUGCUUCUAUAGGGAUGCUCGGUGCAACCUUCCGACUGGCGGGGCAGUGUGUAAAUGAAAUGUGUUUUUUAUUGUUCUUUAAUGGUAGGUACCCCCCCCACAGCUGCAAUGUGGUACAUUCCGCCCCUCGCUGGUGCAUUCAACUCUGUACCUUUAAGAGCAGGGCAGAUUUCAGUCCCUUGAGUUUAAUUGGGUGGCAUGUACCUUUAAUAUAAUAGAGACCAGUAAGUGCUGUGACUUUAUGCUAAACUUUGGGGGUCCUAUGCCCCCCCCAGCAGAACAUUGACACCCCCCCCCGCGUUAUACCCCCCCCCCCCCCCGAUCUGUACAGUUCUUACAAAGUGAAGGAAACACUAUAUCCCUGUGGUUUUUAUAUUGUUCUACGCCCCCCCCCAGCUCCAUUUGUCCUGCCAACCGGUACGACAGAUAUUGCACAAAGGGUAUGUAUUAUUGUGUAACGGCCAACAUUUGGCCAGCUCAGAGCCACUAGCAACACGAUUUCAUUUGUAUGUAAAAUAAGUGCUUUACUUUAUAAGCUGUGUAUAAUAAAAAAUGACCAUGUAAAAAAAAAAAAACAAUAUUUCAUAAUUACUAUUACCUUGCGUUGUAACGGAAAAGAAAAAAAUUUGAUUUUUAUAAUAAAACAAAACGGCAAAAAUUUAAAUUCA